GACGCCGUGUCGUGUCGUGUCGUGCCGUGCUGCCCAGGGUCACCAUGUCUCUGUACCGCAACUCCGCCUGGUUUCUCAAGGGACUCACCCAGUUCACCAGAAAUGCCUAUGUGUCAGCUUCUAAGAGUUUUGUGGAGAAAGAUCUGGAGCCUUCUAUGGCUGGCAAGACCUUCAUGAUCACCGGCGCCAACAGCGGCAUCGGAAAAGCCACAGCCAUGGCCAUCGCCAAGAAAGGCGGUACGAUCCACAUGGUGUGUCGGAACAAGGAUAAAGCUGAGGAGGCCCGUGCUGAGAUUGUCAAGGAGACGGGAAACAAGGAAAUCUAUGUCCACAUUCUUGAUCUGUCAGAGACCAGGAAGGUAUGGGAAUUUGCGGAGAACUUCAAGAAGAAGUACAAGACCCUCAAUGUGCUGAUCAAUAACGCGGGAUGCAUGAUGACUAAGAGGGAGGUCACUGCCGACGGUUUGGAGAAGAGUUUCGCCAGUAACUCUCUGGCUAUCUACAUCCUCACCAAGAGUCUCAUUCCUCUGUUGGAGAAGAGUCCUGACCCCAGAGUGGUGACCGUGUCCUCAGGAGGGAUGCUGGUCCAGAAGCUCCGCACAGGAAACCUGCAGUCGGAGAGGGGAAGUUAUGACGGUACCAUGGUGUAUGCACAGAACAAGAGACAGCAGAUGGUGAUGACGGAGCAGUGGGCUAAAGCUCACACCAACAUUCACUUCUCAGCCAUGCACCCCGGAUGGGUGGACACCCCCACGGUGGCCAGUGUGAUGCCGGAGUUCCAUGCGUCCAUGCGCGAGCGCCUGCGGACCCCAGAGCAGGGCGCCGACACCGUCGUCUGGCUCGCCGUCUCCGAGGCCGCUACCGCCAAGCCCAGCGGCACGUUCUUCCAAGACCGGACGAUGGUCUCUGCUCAUCUCCCUCUAGCGUGGACACACAGCUCAUCACUGGAGGAUCAGAAGUUCAUGAGUGUGAUGGAAGACCUGGCCAAGAAAUUCCAGCCUCACUGAAGAGCAUACGUACACACACACACACACACACACACACACACACAUAUACACUCCCCAACAGCAAUUAGUCAUAACAUAACAAGCAUAAAAUGUUAAUGAAAUUCAAACACACAAACUCAUCUACACACACACACACUCACACACUGCAUUAACAAGUGACAGUAAAGCUGUACAGCAUUCACCGAACUGUGUGUGUAGAGGUGUGUAUGUGGCAGAUACAGCAUGUCCUCUCUUGGUCAGUAAAGCUCUUCAUGCGUUCAGUGUGCAGUCUCCACAGGGUGGCUGGACGUUUGGGAACCUCUGGGGAACCUGUGGGGAACCUCUGGGGAACCUCUGACAUUAACAGGUGUUUACUGGUACUGAUGGUAUAUGCUGGCUCUGUAUGUGAAGGUUUGAAAACGUUAAUCCUGAGAUUAAAAUAUGAACGUUGACGACAGGUUUAAAAUAUGAACGUUGAUGAUAGGUUCAAAGGUCACAACGUUAAUCCUGAGAUUAAAAUAUGAACGUUGAUGAUAGGUUCAAAGGUCACAUCCUUUGACCUCAGGUCAUGUCCAGCAUGUGAGUUGUGGUAAAUACACGCAUAAACGCACGGAGAGAGAACAGAGGCUACUUCAUAAGGAAUGAAUGACAGCGGUGUUGAAUCCACACAACACAGGGCUUCAUCCUCAACAGGACGUGACUUACAUCCAUUGGUUCAGACUCAUCAUGUGACGCCUCUCAGCCAAUCGUCUUGCAGUAUCAGUGACUGAACUAAAUAAGGUCCAUUGGGUGGGAACCCAUGUGACCCAAAGUCACUCCAGCUGUCAAUCAUUCCAUUUGUAAGCCUUCUCAAGUUUUCCAUGUCAAACGUCACUUCCUGUUACAGUUCGGCUCUGAUUGGUGGAUUAGUCAGGUAACGGUUUCGUCAUAAACCUUAGAGUUUGGAGAGGAGGGAUUAGAUUUAAAUCGUUUAUAACUGAGAUGAUGAAAUACAAGCAUGACACACUAACACGUUGCAAUAGAAGGCCAAAUGCACAUUCACACGAUGCAGCAGAAGGCCUGGUCUGGUGUAGGUUUUCUGUUGUGUGUGUGUGUGUGUGUGUGUGUGUGUAACUCAGUUCAUUCUGCUCUGUGUGUGUGUGUGUGUCUCAAUUCAUUGGUUCAUUCUGCCAUGUGUGUGUGUCUCAGUCCGUUGGUUCAUUCUGCCGUUCGUGUGUGACUCUGUUGGUUGGUUCAUUCUGCUGUGUGUGUGUGUGUGUGUGUCUCAGUUCAUUGGUUCAUUCUGCCAUGUGUGUGUAACUCUGUUCGUUGUUUCAUUCUGUUGUGUGUGUGUGACUCUGUUCGUUUGUUCAUUCUGCUGUGUGUGUGUGUGUGACUCCGUUUGUUGGUUCAUUCUGCUGUGUGCGUGUGUGUGACUUGGCUCCUUCUGUUCUUAGCCACUGAUUCUUCUCUAAUAAAGGCAUAUGGGGUCGGAA